AUGAAGAAAAGAAAAACUAUUAAUUCUUUUAUUAAAGCAAAAGAGCAAACAUUGACAAGUGAAGGGAAUUCUUCAUCCAAUAUUGAUAUAUCAAAUUCAAGUGAUCAACAAUCUAACAAAUCUCCUAUAACAGAUAUUGAUGUUAGUUCUCUUGAACCUGAUCCAGGAUUACGUACUCCGAUAUGGAAAUAUCCUGUUAAUCAAAGGGAUGAAAUUAGACGAGCUUAUAUUAAGAUGGGAUCAUAUCAACCUAUUAAGAAUGAGUAUCCACGGACCAAAUUCGGAAGUCAAAAUCGACGAUUUCAAAGUCAUUGGUUUAAAAAAUUUACUUGGUUAGAGUAUUCUCCUUCAAAAGAUGCUGCAUUUUGUUUUCCAUGCUUCUUGUUUGAUCAUAAGCAUCCUCGUAAUCCUGCAUUUACGAUGGAUGGAUUCAAAUAUUGGAAGCGAGUUAAUGAUGGUGAUAGAUGUGCAUUUUUGAUGCAUAUAGGAUGCAAUACUUCACCACAUAAUAAUGCUAUGGAACAUCUUGAUAAUUUGAUGAAUAUACCUCAUCAUAUUGAUAAAAUGAUGAAUGCACAAUCUUCAGAAGAAAAGCAGAAGAACAGGUUGCGGCUUACAGCAACUAUUGAAAGCAUUCGAUGGCUUACUUUACAAGCAUGCACAUUUAGAGGGCAUGAUGAAUCUCCAUCUUUUAAUAAUCGCGGAAAUUUUAUUGAGAUGAUAAAAUUUAUGGGAAAAAUGAAUGAGAAUAUUGGGGACAUCGUCUUAGAGAAAGCUCCAAAAAAUACAAAGUAUACUUCACCAGAUAUUCAGAAAGAUAUUUUGAAUAUUUUUGCCAAUCAAGUGAGAACUAAGAUUCGUAAAGAAAUCGGGGAUGCAAAAUUCUGUAUUUUAGUUGAUGAAGCAAGUGAUACAUCUAACAAAGAGCAGAUGACUAUUGUAUUAAGAUUUGUGGAUAUUGAUGGUUUUUUACGAGAGCGGUUCUUUGCUAUUGUACAUGUGACUGACACAACUGCUGCAACACUUAAGAAAAAAAUAUCUGAUACUCUUGGUUGUUAUGACUUGCAUAUCUACAACAUGCGGGGACAAGGAUAUGAUGAUGCUAGCAAUAUGCGUGGCUCUUGGAAUGGAUUACAAGCUCUUUUCUUGAAAGAUUGUUCAUGUGCAUAUUAUGUACAUUGUUUCGCUCAUCGACUUCAACUAGCAUUAACUGCAACUGCUGAAAAAGAGGUAUCCAUUUGGUUAUUCUUUUCAAAAUCGAAUUCCAAUUGUAAUCUCUUUAAUGCGUCUCCUAAACGUCAUGCUGAGUUACUUUCUGCUAAAAAAGCUGAAGUUGCGCAUAUGGUAGCUAUUGGUGAACGUGAUACUGGUAGAGGAUGUAAUCAAAUUGGAAAUUUACUACGGCUUAGAAAGACUCGCUGGAGUUCUAAUUUUGACUCAAUUUGUAACAUGAUUGAUAUGUAUAGUUCUGUGAUUACCAUAUUAGAAAACAUGGUGUAUGAUGGGUCCUCUAACUCCAUCCGUGGUGAAGCUAGUGGUUUGUUGAUAGCGAUGAAGUCUUUUGAUUUCAUAUUCAUAUUACAUUUGAUGCAAAAGAUAAUGGGGUUAAUAAAUCUGCUUUGUCAAGCAUUGCAAGAGAAAUCUUUAGAUAUUUUAAAUGCAAUGGACUAUGUUUCAACUACUAAAACUUUGCUUCAUACUUUGAGAGAAGAAGGAUUUGCUAUUCUACUUAGUUAUGUGAAAGAAGUUUGUGCCAAGUAUGACAUUGAGAUACCUCAAAUGGAAGCUCGUUAUAAAUCUGCUACAGGUCGUUCUUGUCAACAAAAUGAUUCAAUCAAAAUUUUCAAGUUGAAGAUUAAUAGUAGAUUCAAGGAUGAGGCAGUGGAACUUCUUAAGCUUAGUUGUGCUUUGGAACCUAAAGAAAACUUGAAGCUUUUUAAUAUUGAUCACAUCUAUCGACUUGCUGAGAAAUUCUAUCCUCUUGAUUUUGAUACACAAGAUUUACACCACUUGAGAAUGCAAUUGGAUCACUAUAAGAUUGAUAUUGUUAGCCAUGAAAGAUUUAAGAAUUUAUCAACUAUUUCUGAAUUAUGUCGAAGAUUAAUUGAAACAAACAAAUCAGGAAGUUACAAUUUGAUUGACAGGUUGAUUUGUCUUGUUUUAACUCUUCCCGUCUCUUCAGCAACAACGGAACGAGCAUUUUCAGCUAUGAAACUUGCUAAAAUAGCUCUUCGUAACAAGAUGGAAGAAGAGUUUUUAACAGAUUCUAUGGUCAUCUAUAUUGAACGGGAUCAGCCCCAGAUAUCUUUGAAUCCUGGCUACGCCCCCGCUUACACCAAUGGAUGGAACAAUGAUCGGAUGCCUAUGUCUUAG